UACGUCGACGAUAUCUCUCUCGUUCCUGCGACGUCGAUGACGAGGACAGCGGGGAAGGAGGACCGUCGGGGUCGUAUGCAUAUGGUGUCGUGCGUGUUUGUUAUCGUUGGUGUUAUGCGGACGGUGCUGCGGGUGCUGGUCUCGUUGUAGUCUCCCUCCUUCCUCGCGGUACGAAGCAGGAUGGGCAAUCAGGUGGCACGCGUCGGACAUGUGUCGCACAAGAAGGCGGAGUCGGCGACCACUCCGACGGGCACCGGUACGAGCGUCAAUGCCGCCGCCGCCACCGCCGUCGUCUCCAAGAGCGAGCCGGACCAUCACAACUCUCAAACGCAGUUCUUCCCGAUUGAGAGCCUCGCAAAAAUAUUGUCACAGCUGGCCUAUCAAGAAGAACAUAUUAAUGGCAUUACUAAGUCUGUAUUCGAGAAAUACUUAUUUCCCACUCAUCCUGAAUUGAGUGAGAAGCUUUUUACUUAUUUACAUUACAAUGCCCAUGCCACAACUGCAUACAUAACUACAACAGCUUUUAAGCAGCAAGCUGAGAAGUUCCUGUCAGUAAUGAACGAUCAAGCUAUAUUGGAGAAUUAUAUAAAAAUGUAUACUGAUAUAAAAAAUAGCAGCAAUGUUACUCCUGAAACACUGCGAGCAUUAUUGAUGAGUUGCUAUCAGCUAGCUAUGGAAAACAAUAGCACCAACUUGUGCCUUCACUCGCAUCAGAUAAUAAACGCAGUUGUUGUUUCAUGUUUUCACGGCAAAAACAGUUUGUCUACAAGUUACGUAAGCAAUUGGAUCGGACAACAUUGUCCACGUAUGGUGCACGGUCUACAGCGAUAUGUAAUACAUGUACUAACAACUGCUUAUCGCAAUGGUAAGGUACUUCUAUCAAAAGAACAACCGCAACCUCACGUCGAGAUACUCACUCCCGUAUUGGAAAAGUCGAAUCAAGAAUUUCCUCAAACAAACUUGUUGCCGAUGAGCUAUGUUUGGUUGCUGUCGUGUACACUACCGCAGUGUUACCUUCAGAUCAACGAUUCACCGAAGGACAUAACUCACGCUUUGAUAACCAGAAGAACAGGCAGUAUUUGUCCAAGGCAUUGGACGUUACUGUACAAUAGCGGAGAACAUGGAGCCGGGGCUAAUCGCUUCCUUCACCAUGUAUUAGGUUACAGAGGUCCCACUUUGCUAAUUAUAAGAGCAGCUAGUGUAGAGAGAGACGAGGAAUGUCCGACGUAUUGCGUGUGCUCGGCCAUCGAGUGGCGAGAAAGUCAUCUCUAUUGGGGCGACGAGGACUCGAUGGGCAUUCAACUGACUCCAUCCUACAAAAUCAUGGAGAAAGGUCCGAAAAUACUAUACUUGAAUACAAAUAUCAGGGGCUAUCCGCACGGUUUGCGACUCGGUAGCGAUCCGCGCUCGCCGCUGAUCAGUAUCGACGAAUCAUUUCAUUCGGUGACUAUUGCCGGCGCGCCUUAUCGCAUCGCCAAUCUGGAAGUGUGGGGUUGCGGCGAUACGAAGCUAAGGGAAAAACAGUUGGAGAUCAAGAAGUGGCAGGUAAAAGAAGCGGAGAAACAAAGAGUCGUCAAAUUAAGCGCUAGCGAUUGGCUGGAUCAUCCCGAUCGUUACUUAUUAGAGCUGGCCGGUAGAGCAUCUUACAACGAAUCUAACAAAUAGAGCCGCGAAAGGAUAACACGCGUGCUCAAGUAACUGCUCAUAUUACUUAUCUUGUUUUGUACAUAUGUAUAUAGUGUCAAAGAUAUCACCGGAAUUUCUGUACUUAUAUAUUGUGCGUCAAAGAACGUACGCAUGAAAUGUGAUUAUGUGAUUCACGUGAAAUACAGGGGCUUAUGCUUAACGUACUUAAGCACAAGUGCCAGUUUGUAUUAUCAUCUA